AUGGCUAUCCAAUCCCUAAUCCCCAAUCUCCUCCUCCUUCUCCUCCUCCCAGCCCUCCCCUUUUCCCUCUCCGACUACGUCCUCUACAGCGGCGAAGUCCUCACCCCCGGCCAAAACCUCACCAAUGGCGAUUUCCAGCUUUCUCUCCAACCCAAUUGCGAGCUCAUCAUUACCGACGCUGUGAAAACCAUCUGGCGUGCCAACACCUCCGGCCAGGGCUCCGAUUGCUACCUCGGCUUCAAACACAACGGCGAGCUCGUCGUCCGCCACGGCGUCCACUACAUCCUCUGGUCCUCCGGCGUGAAAUCCAAAAAAGGUAAGUACGCUCUCCUCCUCGAUUCCAACGGCAAGCUCAACAUCUUCGGCCAGAGACGCUGGAUUAGCAACAACCAAAAGGUUUUGGGGGAAAACAACAUGAGAACAGUGAUCACAACUGAGUAUGUUCUUCAUUCCGGCCAUCGAUUGAAUCCUGGGAAACACCUCAGUUAUCAAAAUUUGACCUUUGGGUUGUCCCAUUGCAAUCUGGUGAUCAACGACACGGAUUCGGGGAGGAUUUUGUGGCAAACUAAUACGAAAGCUCGUGGGUGCUAUGUUCAAUUGGAUGCGAAUGGGGAGCUGACAGUGAAGCAUUCAAAGCAGAGGUUGUGGAGUAGUAACAAGAGAGGUGAUAAUGGAGCUUAUAUUGGAGUUCUUAGAUAUGAUGGUAGGUUUGGUGUUUAUGGUCCUUUGCUUUGGGACAGUGAUAAGAAGGAUACUGUUGAUGCUUUGGAUUUUAAUGGAGGUUUUGUGGGUGAUGAUGAUGAUGAUGUUCAGGUUCUGUAG